AUGGAGAACAGAUCAGCAGCGAAAAGAUCAAAAAAAGUUUUAUGUGUGUGUUUGUUCACCGCUUGCUUCCUACUCUCUUAUACCAAGUGCAAUGUCAAAACAAACGAGAGUAAUGAUUCGAACGAUGAAAUAUUUAGCAAAUACAUAGGGAAGGGUUAUGACAUUCUGUUUGGUUAUCCAUUACCAAAUAAUGAACUUAUUGAAGAUCCAGGUUUUAAAGAGAUAAUAAUUAACACUAGUAACUGUAUUGAUGUGAUUAAUGAAAAUGUUUGUCAAAAAGGGGAAUAUUUUAAUUUUAUAGAUAACAUAAAUGAUGUUACCAAUUUAGCCAUGGAUAAUAUAAAUGUGGACCAGUUAGAUCGAAAUAUAAAACCAUUUUCAGCAUCCAUGCCAUAUAGUAGUUAUUUUGUUAACUUAGAAAUGGAAAAGAAAAAAUACCUUGUUGUUCAGAAUAGUUGUGUUCAUACUUAUGCUACAUAUAAUUUAAGAAAUUUUACAAACAAUAUUAACAAGAAUUUUUUAGUAGAUAUUGAAAAAUUACCUAUAUUAUCAAAAAAAAAAAAUGAAAAAAAAUGCCCCAAAUUGUUAUAUCUAGGUGAUCCGAACAGUGAAUAUUGCUCAAAAUAUAUAAAACCAUGGAUGAAAUUUUUUAAAAAAUAUGGAACACAUUUAGUUAUUGCAGCACAUUUCGGAGCAAAGUCUUUUAACACGUUGGAAAUUACACUCCAGAAGUUAGAACAGAUCAAGAUAUACAACUAUAAAUACCCCCUUAGGGACGUCCCUUACUUGAACGUGUUUAGCUUUUCCCCACUACUACGGGAUAUUCUGGAAGAGGCGAAUGAUAGUAAUAAUAAUAAUAAGAAGAAGAAGAAGAAUAAUAAUAAUAAGAAGAAUAAGAAUAAGAAGAAGAAGUACAAUAAGAACAAUAAUACAAACAGUACGAAUAGUGAUAGAGAACAAACACCUGUUAGAGGUGAUCUCGAAAAAGACAUUGUCUCCAUGAAGAUGGGACAAAACAAUUCAAGUAAUCAAAUUAGUAGUCUAGAUAUCAGGGGUGGAACCACAAUGGAUGAACGGUGGAAUGAUUUGACUUACGAAAUUUGGAAGAAUUCAGUUUAUUCCAAUAUUAUACCAAUUUAUCUUGAUUUGAUUUCUUUAAACUCAUUUAUGCGUAUAGAAAAAAAAGAGUCAUAUAAGACAGCUCUUUUGUAUUAUAAUAAUCUCUAUGGAAUAGACAAAGAAAAUUUUUAUCUUUCAAAAAAUAUAACUGAUGUUUUAUCAGAUGGUGAACAAAUUACUGGUUCAGCGAAAGGGUCCUUAACUUUAAGUUGUCCUGUUGGUUAUAUCAAAAGUACUGGUUUUAUACUUAUUAUUAACAAGUCAGAAAAGUUAAAAAGUUUGAACAGUCAAGGAAAAAGAAUCAAAAUACAGCCAUGUGAUAAUAAAGGGGAAUAUGAUAUUUCUUGCGCUUACAGGACAAACAGCAUCGAUGUAGUCACUUUCGGCUGGAUGUACUGCGUGAAGCACAGUUUCUUAAGGUUUGAAACUAUAUACAUGGACAGCGAUGGUAGGGAUGAUAGUGAUGAUGAUGAUAAAAACAAUGGCAGCAUUGGUGGCAACACUGAUGGAAGUAAUAAUGACAGCAGUUACGGUGGGAAAACCCCAUCCAGGGAAAACUCGUUAAAGAUAAUAUGUUCUGAGGGAAACACUCUAGCAUUUGGAUUUAAAAUGAAAUUAUCAAAAAAGGAAAAUUUAGAAAAGAUUAAAGUUAAGCCUUGUACUGCUGGACAAAAUAAUUGUACUAUUAACCAAACGAAGAAUGAUUCUGACUAUUUAUUGUGGGGAUUUUGCAUCCCUUUAUCUUUUCAUAGUAUUUCAUUAUUACAGUUAACAUACAUUCAUGACGCAAAUAUAACUACUAAUGUAAUGGGAGCCUGUUCAAAUAAUUACAUAAAUGAAUUUGAUAAUAUUUUUUUAGGUUUUUCAUUUUCUUUUGAUUAUGAACUAGAAGAAGUAAAUGUAUCUCCAUGUAAAAUGAAUUACAAAUUUUGUACAAGCAAAUUAGACAAAAAAAAGAAAAUACCAAAAAACGGAAAGAAGCAUUAUGCCGGGAUGCUCUUGCUGUGCAGGUACGGCGGUGCUGCAGAAAAGAAAUUCACGCACAGAUAA